UUGACCUUCAGCGAGCCGGAGCCCCCGCGCACGGAGUCGGCGGCGGGCGGGGGCCGACGCGGGGCGGCGGGAGCGCUGAGCGCUGCGCGGCCGCCGCUUUGUGUGUGUCCUGGAUUUGGGAAGGAGCUCGCGGCGGCGGCGCUGAGGGAGGAGGCGGCGGCGAGCGGAGCCCAGAGGAGGAGGAGGAGCCGGAGGAGGGGGAACCGCUCAUUCAUUUCCACUCCGCAUUUCUACCCCUCGGCCGGCCUCGCCCGCGCCCGGGACUUCGGACCAGUCUCGCCAACUGCGUCGCGCUCUCCCGCCGCGGAGGCUCCGGUGGUCGUUCCCUCCGGGGAUCGGGUGUUGGGGGGGAGGCGUUUGUCCCCGCCUGCGGCGAUUUGGGCUUUGCUCCUCUUUCUGUACAGUUUUCCUCCUUCUUCUGCAUCUCUGCGUUUGCAAAUGGAGGCCGACGACGCCGACAGCCCGCCCCGGCGCGCCCCGGCUUCCCGACUCCGCCGCCCCGUGGGCCGCUGCUGCCGGCGCUGAGGGGCCGCCCCGCGCCACCCUCCUUGUCCACGCCGCUUUCCGAGGAUCGUCGCCUGCGCUCUUGUUUUUGGACGAGAGUGAGGACUGAGUUGGAGACUUUUUUUUCUUUUUUUCUUUCUUUCUUUUUUUUUUUUUAAUUUUUGAGAAAAGGGAAUUUCGUCCCAAAUAAAAGGAAUGAAGUCUGGCUCCGGAGGAGGGUCCCCGACCUCGCUGUGGGGGCUCGUGUUUCUCUCCGCCGCGCUCUCUCUCUGGCCGACGAGUGGAGAAAUCUGUGGGCCCGGCAUUGACAUCCGCAACGACUAUCAGCAGCUGAAGCGCCUGGAAAACUGCACGGUGAUCGAGGGCUUCCUCCACAUCCUGCUCAUCUCCAAGGCCGAGGACUACCGCAGCUACCGCUUCCCCAAGCUCACCGUCAUCACUGAGUACUUGCUGCUGUUCCGAGUGGCCGGCCUCGAGAGCCUGGGAGACCUCUUCCCGAACCUCACGGUCAUCCGUGGCUGGAAACUCUUCUACAACUACGCACUGGUCAUCUUCGAGAUGACCAAUCUCAAGGAUAUCGGGCUUUAUAAUCUGAGGAACAUUACUCGGGGGGCCAUCAGGAUUGAGAAGAACGCCGACCUCUGUUACCUCUCCACCAUAGACUGGUCUCUCAUCUUGGAUGCAGUGUCCAAUAACUACAUUGUGGGGAACAAGCCCCCAAAGGAAUGUGGGGACCUGUGUCCAGGGACUUUGGAGGAGAAGCCCAUGUGUGAGAAGACCACCAUCAACAAUGAGUACAACUACCGCUGCUGGACCACAAAUCGCUGCCAGAAAAUGUGCCCAAGUGUGUGCGGGAAGCGAGCCUGCACCGAGAACAACGAGUGCUGCCACCCGGAGUGCCUGGGCAGCUGCCACACACCGGACGACAACACAACCUGCGUGGCCUGCAGACACUACUACUACAAAGGCGUGUGCGUGCCCGCCUGCCCGCCUGGCACCUACAGGUUUGAGGGCUGGCGCUGUGUGGACCGCGAUUUCUGCGCCAACAUCCCCAACGCUGAAAGCAGUGACUCGGAUGGCUUCGUUAUCCACGACGACGAGUGCAUGCAGGAGUGUCCCUCAGGCUUCAUCCGCAACAGCACCCAGAGCAUGUACUGUAUCCCCUGUGAAGGCCCCUGCCCCAAAGUCUGCGGCGAUGAAGAAAAGAAAACGAAAACCAUCGAUUCGGUUACCUCUGCUCAAAUGCUCCAAGGCUGCACCAUCUUGAAGGGCAAUCUGCUUAUUAACAUCCGGCGAGGCAAUAACAUUGCCUCGGAGUUGGAGAACUUCAUGGGGCUCAUCGAGGUGGUGACCGGCUACGUGAAGAUCCGCCAUUCUCAUGCCUUGGUCUCCUUGUCCUUCCUGAAGAACCUCCGUCUCAUCUUAGGAGAGGAGCAGCUGGAAGGGAACUAUUCCUUCUACGUCCUGGACAACCAGAACUUGCAGCAGCUGUGGGACUGGAACCACCGGAACCUGACCGUCAGGUCGGGGAAAAUGUACUUUGCUUUCAACCCCAAGCUGUGUGUCUCUGAAAUUUACCGCAUGGAAGAAGUGACUGGAACCAAGGGACGCCAGAGCAAAGGGGACAUAAACACCAGGAACAAUGGAGAGCGAGCUUCCUGUGAAAGUGAUGUUCUCCGUUUCACCUCCACCACGACCUGGAAGAACCGAAUCAUCAUAACGUGGCACCGGUACCGGCCACCGGACUACCGGGAUCUCAUCAGCUUCACAGUUUACUACAAGGAGGCACCCUUUAAAAACGUUACGGAAUAUGACGGGCAGGAUGCCUGUGGCUCCAACAGCUGGAACAUGGUGGAUGUGGACCUGCCUCCGAACAAGGAGGGGGAGCCUGGCAUUUUACUGCAUGGGCUGAAGCCCUGGACCCAGUAUGCUGUCUAUGUCAAGGCUGUGACCCUCACCAUGGUGGAAAACGACCACAUCCGUGGGGCCAAAAGUGAAAUCUUGUACAUUCGUACCAAUGCUUCAGUCCCUUCCAUCCCCCUGGAUGUCCUCUCGGCAUCAAACUCUUCCUCUCAGCUGAUUGUGAAGUGGAACCCCCCAACUCUGCCCAAUGGGAACCUGAGUUACUACAUUGUGAGGUGGCAGCGGCAGCCCCAGGAUGGUUACCUGUACCGGCACAACUACUGCUCCAAAGACAAAAUACCCAUCAGAAAGUAUGCCGAUGGUACCAUCGACGUGGAGGAGGUGACAGAAAAUCCCAAGACAGAAGUAUGUGGUGGUGAUAAAGGGCCAUGCUGCGCUUGCCCUAAAACUGAAGCUGAGAAGCAGGCUGAGAAGGAGGAGGCAGAGUACCGUAAAGUCUUUGAGAAUUUCCUUCACAAUUCCAUCUUUGUGCCCAGACCCGAAAGGAGGCGGAGAGAUGUCAUGCAAGUGGCCAACACCACCAUGUCCAGCCGGAGCAAGAACACCACAGUAGCUGACACCUACAAUGUCACAGACCCGGAGGAGUUCGAGACAGAGUACCCUUUCUUUGAGAGCAGAGUGGAUAACAAGGAGAGGACUGUCAUCUCCAACCUCCGGCCUUUCACUCUAUACCGCAUCGAUAUUCACAGCUGCAACCACGAGGCUGAGAAGCUGGGCUGCAGCGCCUCCAACUUCGUCUUUGCGAGAACCAUGCCAGCAGAAGGAGCAGAUGAUAUUCCUGGUCCAGUGACCUGGGAGCCAAGACCCGAAAACUCCAUCUUUUUAAAGUGGCCAGAACCCGAGAACCCCAACGGAUUGAUCCUAAUGUAUGAAAUAAAAUACGGAUCGCAAAUCGAGGAUCAGCGGGAAUGUGUGUCCAGACAGGAGUACAGGAAGUACGGAGGGGCCAAACUUAACCGUCUAAACCCAGGGAACUAUACAGCCCGGAUUCAGGCUACCUCCCUCUCUGGGAAUGGGUCAUGGACAGAUCCUGUGUUCUUCUAUGUCCCAGCCAAAACAACGUAUGAGAACUUCAUGCAUCUGAUCAUUGCUCUGCCGGUUGCCAUCCUGCUGAUCGUUGGGGGGCUGGUUAUCAUGCUGUAUGUCUUCCAUAGAAAGAGAAAUAACAGCAGGUUGGGCAAUGGAGUGCUGUAUGCUUCUGUGAACCCUGAGUAUUUCAGCGCAGCUGAUGUGUACGUGCCUGAUGAAUGGGAGGUAGCUCGAGAGAAGAUCACCAUGAACCGAGAGCUCGGACAAGGGUCCUUUGGGAUGGUCUAUGAAGGAGUGGCCAAGGGCGUGGUCAAGGAUGAACCCGAAACCAGAGUGGCCAUCAAGACGGUGAACGAGGCUGCAAGUAUGCGUGAAAGAAUCGAGUUUCUCAACGAGGCCUCGGUGAUGAAAGAGUUCAAUUGUCACCAUGUGGUCCGGUUGCUGGGUGUGGUAUCCCAAGGCCAGCCCACCCUGGUCAUCAUGGAACUAAUGACACGUGGCGAUCUCAAAAGUUAUCUCCGGUCUCUGAGGCCAGAAGUGGAGCAGAAUAAUCUAGUCCUCAUUCCUCCGAGCUUAAGCAAGAUGAUCCAGAUGGCUGGAGAGAUUGCAGAUGGCAUGGCUUACCUCAAUGCCAACAAGUUCGUCCACAGAGACCUUGCUGCUCGGAACUGCAUGGUAGCCGAAGAUUUCACUGUCAAAAUUGGAGACUUUGGUAUGACACGGGAUAUCUACGAGACAGACUACUACCGGAAAGGCGGGAAGGGGCUGCUGCCUGUGCGCUGGAUGUCUCCCGAGUCGCUCAAGGAUGGCGUCUUCACUACUCAUUCUGAUGUCUGGUCCUUUGGGGUCGUCCUCUGGGAGAUCGCCACGCUGGCUGAGCAGCCGUACCAGGGCUUGUCCAACGAGCAAGUUCUUCGUUUCGUCAUGGAGGGCGGCCUUCUGGACAAGCCGGACAACUGCCCCGAUAUGCUGUUUGAACUCAUGCGCAUGUGCUGGCAGUAUAACCCCAAGAUGCGGCCCUCCUUCCUGGAGAUCAUCGGCAGCAUCAAGGAUGAGAUGGAGCCUAGCUUCCAGGAGGUCUCCUUCUACUACAGCGAGGAGAACAAGCCUCCCGAGCCGGAGGAGCUGGAGAUGGAGCUGGAGCUGGAGCCCGAGAAUAUGGAGAGCGUUCCGCUGGACCCUUCCGCCUCCUCAGCCUCCCUGCCUCUGCCUGAAAGACACUCAGGACACAAGGCUGAGAAUGGCCCGGGCCCUGGCGUGCUGGUUCUCCGUGCCAGUUUUGAUGAGAGACAGCCUUACGCUCACAUGAAUGGGGGACGCGCCAACGAGAGGGCCUUGCCUCUGCCCCAGUCCUCGACCUGCUGAUCCUUGGACACACCGAAGCACGCGAAAACAGUAACGUCUGCAUUGGGAGACCUGGACCAGAGAGAUCCACUCCUUAAGAACCAGUGAUGAUGGUCAAACUUUUAUCAGUCCACUUUGAACUAGGCGGUGGUACAAAUGAGAACUUCAAGACAGGAUGUUCGUUUAAAAGUGAACCUCUCUUGCCAGAGAAGCUGAAGAUACAGACCUUGGACAGGCCAGGGGUCUUUGCUUGGGGCUUCCAACUUGAAUGACCAGUUGGUGAUUUAGAGAAAUGAACAUUCCUUGAUGGGAUGACAGAGUAACCGGUGCAGUAGGCAACCUUGGUAACCGGCAUCGUGACAUGACGGGGAUUGCUGACAGAGGGUAAAGGGCCUGGAAGAAGCCUGGACCAUAUUUGGACUUGAUGGUGUCUGAAGGUGUCAGAGCACAUGGAGGCUGUGGAGUCAACUGUGGGCAUUUGGUUUCAGAUAAGAAACUCGGCAUCCUGCUCUGGAAACUUCUCGUAGAGCUAAGUCACGUGCUGAAGGACUCAGACUCCAUCACACUCAUCAGAUGAGUUAUUGGUCUGGGGCAGGACGUUAGGGAUUUAUUUUAUUUUUGUUUCUGUGAGAACUUCAUAAUCACUGAUUUGUGUGUCCACAUUUGUGUCUGCAUCUUUCCAGUAAAACAUUCUUUAAAUUACUCAUUAUCGUUUCAAUAGGGCUUCUAAGUCCAGUAGAUUACGGGUAGUCGUUGACGAAGAUCUGGUUUACAAGAACUAAUUAAAUGUUUCAUUGCAUUUUUGUAAGAACAUAGAAUAAUUUUAUAAAAUGUUUGUAGUUUAUAAUUGCCGAAAAUAAUUUAAAAACACUUUUUUUUCUCUCUGUGUGUGCAAAAAUAUGUGUUUGUGGUCUUUUUCUUCCCUUUGUUUUCUUUUUCUUUUUUGACACUUGUUUACUAGCUAGCUUUACAAUAUGCCAAAAAUAAAAACUUAAAAAAAAAACUUAAAAAAAAAUUAAUUAAAAAGAAAUUCUCCCCAGGACCCAAAUUGUGGUUCAACCUCUUUCCCACAUGCUUUCUGCUCUAGUUUGUAAAAAAAAAAAAAACAAAAAAAAAAACAAAAAAAUAAAUAAAAAAGAUAAAAAUCAAAACAGAACAAAACAAAAAAACAAAACAAAAGGAAUGCCAGUGGUUUAAAAAGUACUUCUGUAUUCUUCAGUAUCUUGAUCUUGGAACCCUUUGCUGGGAAAAGGAAUUCUCUGUUACUUACUGUCCCCUGUGGAGUGUAGCAGCAGCCUAAACAGAUGGAAAGAUAGUGUGUGGCCACCCAGCAAAGAGAUAGCACUCCCUGGUGACCUCUGGCUGGUGUGGCUGGUCCCAGCUCUGCAACACUAUGGAGAUGGGAGGGUUUCAGGACACUGGAAUGGCUUCACAGUGAUCACAUGACUCUGAUGUGUAGCCCGUUGGCACAUGUGCCUCAGAUCCUAACGAACCCUGUGCCUACCUGUAUCUAAUGGCGAACGCCGAAGGUCCAUUGUUUUCUAAUACAGAACAAACUGGUAACAAAAAACCACAACGUGUGCCCCCUCGCCCCCUUUUUUCGAAUCAAAACCCAUGUCCUUUGGCUCCCCGUGCAUUAUUGGCCAUGUCUCUCGGGUUCCACAAGAUACCGAUGUUGAAAACAUCUGGAACUUUCUAACACUGUAGGAAAAAGGUCUGGGAACCGUUUGUGGGUUUGGUUUGGUCUUUCAGUUUCUGGUGGGUGUUGGGCAGUGUGCAGACACGUGUACAGGUGGAGUAGGUGCCUACCUGGUGACCUCCCCUGUCUGCUUCCGCUGCCAGUGAUGCUGAAGUAAGAGCUUUGCCAGAGUUCAUCUACCUCUGGGAUUUAAAACAAACAAACAAACAAAAAACAGAAAGUCAAAAGGCUCAAUGGAGCAGACACAUCGCCAAUAAUGCAUUUCUGAGUUUUCUUGUUAAAUUUUUUCUUAAAAAAGAAAAAAAUGUCUAAAAAAGAUAAUAAUAUGGCCAAUUUGUUACAUAAAAUAACUUUCUGUGUAUAAAUUAUUCCUAAAAAAGAAAAACCCUCUGUUUAUAUAUAAAAGAAAAUCAGUAGAUGAAAAAAAAUUCAAUGUUUUUGUAUAUUCUGUUGUAAGAAUUUAUUCCUGUUACUGCGACAUACUCGGGAUUCUUUACAUUAUGAAAAAAAAGAAACUUUGUCUAUUUUGAAUGGCUGAAGCUAAGGCCACUUGAGUCUAUUACUCUGCUUUUUUCUAGUAGUUAAAGUACCACAUGGAUUAAGUUAAAUAAAAGAAUUCUGUAUGCA